AUGGCCAGUGUAAUCGACGACCAAAGCUAUGACGAUUGCGACAUCUACACCGUCGCCUUCCGCACAGCUCCAAUCAUCAUCACCGUCACCGUCACCGCGAUUCCAUCCGUUGUCAGGAACUGGCUCUUUAGAACUCUCACCGUUUGCCGCCGCUACGUCCGCCAGCAAAACUUCGUCGUCGGUCUCGGCGUCCAGUGGACUCCCGGCCACGAAGAAUCUCCUCCAAACACGCUGCAGCUCUGUGUAGGACAUCGGUGCCUAAUCUUCCAGCUCGAUCGCGCCAACUACGUGCCGAUUAAACUCCGCAGAUUCCUCCUUGAUCCUUCGCUCACCUUCGUCGGAUUCUGGAACGAAUUGGACCGGCGAAAGCUCCUGUCUUCGAAACACCGUUUGGAGAUGGUGACGGAUCCUCUGGAUCUGAAGCGUUACGCGGAGAAUGAUCACGGUCAGAUCCUAGAUCAAGAAUCGGUGAAUGAGAUCGUAGCGGAAUCCGUAGGGUUAGAAGUGGACCAAAGGAGUGAGAUCAGCACGAGCGACUGGGAUAGAGAAGAACUUGAGCACGAUCAAAUUGUAUAUGCGGCCGUUGAUGCUUAUUGUGCGUUCCUCUUCGGUAAGAAUAUCGGCGCUUGGCGAUUCAACGGUGUCGAUGAGUGUAGUGUGCAGAGGAAGUAA